AAUAAAAUAGGCUUCAUAUAAUAUCGGAUGAAAUGAAGAAGUUUUCUCUGAGAUUUAUUAUUUGUUUCCCCCUUCUUUUCAUUACUGUGAUGUGUCAAGACGAUGAAACCGUCAUUCAUUGUUCUGCUAAACCAGGCUGUUUGAUUACUCAGUGCGAUCCGACUCCUAAAGGUUUUAAUGGAGUUGACAUCGAAGGAUAUAUGGACAGAAAUGAAUUUCCUAUAACUUGCAAAUCAAAACUUGGAAAGAGUAAAGGCUUAGAGAUGGAAAUGGCCAAAUUUAAACAAGAAAUGAAGAAAGAGUUGAACGAAUUGAAACAAAAGCAAGAAACUUCGCUGAAAGAGGUGACGGAGAAACUGAACGCAGCUGAAACGUUAUUGACGGAUUUAUUAUCAAGAAGUCAAAUUCCAGGCCUCACUACUCCUGCAUGCGAUCCACCGGUUGGGAUCGAGUUCGGUUCUGUAACUUGCUCCGACAAGACAUAUAAAUCGGGAACAGUAUGCACAGUCCAGUGUUUGCCGAAUCGAGAAAUAAAGGGGGCUUCGAAAAUUACUUGCUUAGAUGGUGGAAAAUGGUCGAAUCCGUUACCAACAUGUGAGUGUGGGAAUUGCAAAAUUGGCAAGGAUUGCGGAAUAAAUACUUCGUGGAAAGACUUUAGAAGCCACAUUCGCGGUGAUGGAACGUUUACCUAUGCCGGCAAUCAGAUGAGAUGCAAAACCGGCAGUUACAUUCAUUCAUGGAAACUUAAAUGGGAAUGCGAAUGCACUGAUACCGGUACAGGAACAACAGCCCGAUGUAAAGGAUACUCAGGCGAGGAAGGAUCCUGUGAACACGCAACUGCUGAACUUAUUAAAAGAAUGAUUUCGACGAAAGUAUAUCCUCCGACCUGUGAUAAAAUGGUUGACGGUUGCUAAGACCUAAUAAAGGGUGGUCGCUAGAAAAACAGAAAAUUUGACUAAUACCGGUAGUUUGUUUUUACAACGAAUGACUUUUACAAGUUUUCUUCUAAAGGCAUAUGUUGUAUUACACUCAUGGAUGCUCAAAAUGUGGUUCGUGUACCUCAGAGCAGUGUCUUAACCUACAAGUCCAGACUCGUGUAGCGCUUUGAAGGUUAACUUGUGGGAUAUCGUUCCAAUUCAACCUUUACCUAUAAGUAGGGUUACCAUAUUUUUGUGACUUCAAAUCGGGACGCCUCAAAAGACAACAACCCCUUAGCUGUUAUCUUGUAACUUCACCUGUUCCGAUUUUAC